AUGACGGUCUGCUACGAACACCCCUCGCGCGGGGCUCUAACCCCGACCUCCACAUCGUCUCUUUCGGAAAGAUUUGAAUUGAUGAAAGAAGUUGGUGAUGGGAGCUUUGGUAGCGUCGCUGUCGCCCGUGUACGGACAGCCGGCUCCAAUGUUGCCCGCAGAGGCACUCUGGUUGCCAUCAAAACAAUGAAAAAGACAUUCGACUCGCUAGCUCCAUGUUUGGAGCUGCGGGAGGUCAUCUUCCUCCGAACUCUACCGCCUCAUCCUCAUCUUGUCCCCGCCCUUGACAUCUUCCUCGACCCGCUUACCCGCAAGUUGCACAUCUGCAUGGAGUACAUGGAUGGCAAUCUUUAUCAAUUGAUGAAGGCCCGCGAUCAUAAGCCCCUGGAGCAGAAGCACGUCAAGAGCAUUCUCUACCAGAUCUUGGCCGGUCUAGACCACAUCCACGCCAACCACUUCUUCCACCGCGACAUUAAGCCAGAGAAUAUCCUGGUAUCUACAACGGCGCCUAAUGACUCGACAUUCAGCCGCUACUCUAACCUCGUUACUCCCCCCUCAACCCCUCCUACCUACACAGUCAAGAUUGCCGACUUCGGCCUGGCUCGUGAGACCCACUCUAAACUCCCUUACACAACAUACGUCUCUACACGAUGGUACCGUGCACCAGAGGUUCUUCUGCGCGCGGGCGAGUACUCAGCACCCGUUGAUAUGUGGGCAGUGGGUGCUAUGGCCGUCGAGAUUGCAACCCUCAAGCCCCUUUUUCCCGGUGGUAAUGAAGUUGACCAGGUCUGGCGCGUCUGUGAAAUCAUGGGAAGCCCGGGAAACUGGUAUAGCAAGUCCGGUGCCAAAAUCGGUGGUGGUGAGUGGCGUGAUGGGUCUCGUCUGGCCCAAAAGCUGGGCUUCACUUUCCCCAAGAUGGCCCCUCACUCAAUGGAGAGCAUUCUGCCAGCUCCUCAAUGGCCAGUGGCACUCAGCAAUUUUGUAACCUGGUGCCUGAUGUGGGAUCCCAAGAACCGACCAACCUCUACUCAAGCAAUGAACCAUGAAUACUUUGCAGAUGCAGUGGACCCCCUACGGCCAAAGUCCUCCACAGCUCGCCUCUUGGGCCGCAAGCAAUCGGACAGAAGUUUCAAGUCCCCAACCAGAGAUUCAAAUGAUUCCCCCACUCUUGGAUCCAAGCCUUCCUGGUUUAGAAGGUCCCUCAUCGGCAGAUCCGAGAGUCCUGCUCUUGCCUCGGAAAUCGAGCAGCCUGCGAAGCCUACCCUAGUCUCGUACGAUACAACAACAGAAGUACAGGCAAGCAAGACCAAACAAGUCAUGAGUAAGCGUGCUACCUGGGCUCAUGGAGCUCCCAUGCCAAUCCUCCCCUCAAUUCGACCGGUUUCUCCUCUAUCAAACGCAGUCACCGCGCAAGCCAACCCUCCUGCUCAUGGAGAUGUUAACAAUGUGAACGCCAAGUCGAGCAAGAAGAUUGGCCGACAACUUUCAGUGAACUCCCAUGGCAACCACUAUUCUGAUAUUCACCGUCAGGAGGCCGAGAGGGCGCUUAAUGGCCUCGGGAGCAAUACAAACACCAUCCUCGGCCAGAAGGAGAGUUUCUUCUCUCAUCUCCGGAAGCGAGCCCGUCGGCUAUCAGGCCGAAACCAAACCAGCAUGGGACAUGACGAUAUUGAGGCUAAUGCUGGCUGUAUGCCUUGGUCAAAUCGGUCGUCCUUGGCCUUGGAUUCUGCCAACGUAAAUGAGCCCAAACAGCCGUCGGAUUUUUCAGAGUUGGACAAGGCUCUCCAAAAUGUAAAAUACUCUAUUGACGCGACGGCCCUUGGCAAUGUGCCCGUUAGCAUCACUUCUCCGGUUGAUGCCACCAAGCGCCAAUCAAUGCCCCAGGGAUCUAUUCGGUCCAUGGGUGACAGCCCUGUCUCCACCAGCGGGACUGGCGGCCCUAUCUCCAGUCGGACUAGACGUGCUCUCCAAGUGUCUAACUACCCUGUUCAUCGUUAUGAGACCCCUGAAGAGGAGGAUGAGCUCUUGGACGAGGUGUUGCACUCUGCAAGCCGGGCUGCUAAGCGUCUAGCUCAGGCGCAAAUGUCGGAUUCGUCCUCAAACUACAGUCACACGUUGGCCAAUGACAACUCUCAACCUCUUCCCAGCCCUUACCCUACUCCCUCUCCAUCAGCCAAGUGUGACAGUGUCUCUUUUGGUAACCCAGAUGCAACACCAAGCAGGAUGUUACCACCCCCGGAUGAGAAAGCGGAUCGUUCGAGUCGACAGUGGCCUACUCCCCCAUAUGAGGAGCGCGACUGGAUGAACCCAACGUCAAGCAACUUCUUGACGGGCUCUACUUAG